AUGAAUCCCUCGACCAGCUCCACCUCUCACCAGGCUCGGUCCUCUUCGGGCUCAGGUCGCUCUCAGCGGAGUGCCAACCCCGACAAGCAGAUCUCACAGAUCGAAAAGAGCGUGACGCAUCUACUCGUGGCCACAAAACAGUUGCUCGAGACCCUGACACAAUGGUCGCGCGGACUGGCGCAGGAAGAGGAGGUCUCGGAUGUUUAUGUGCGGUUGGGAUACGAAUUUAACCUGGCUUGCCGCGCCUUCAACUCAAUCGGCGUCGAGACAUCCGACCUUGGUCCUGUGCCUGAUCUAUUGCGGAAUAUCCUCGAAGACACUCUGAGCCAACCUGCCUCACCUCAGGCCCUCGACAACUACCUCCCUCGAAUCCGCGAUAUCAUUAUCAACCUUCUUCACGGUCUGAAGAGGAAGCAAAGCAGACUGCGAGGCCGCGCCAGUAAAGAUGGCUCUUCUACACCACAAGCAAAGCCAGCUGUGGGAGGGGGCAGACAAGGCAGCGUAUCUACGACCGGGAGCAAUGAGACGGGCCUGACCCACAUGCUUGAUGAUGUGUCCAGCUCGACUUCGAGCAUGCGCGCUCAGUCUCCUCCGGGGGCCAGCUUAGCUUCCGAUCAGGUCUAUGCGCCGGCAAAUGCUUCAGCAGCGACGCCCGGGAAACGACCUGUUCUCAGCCGACACUCAAUACGCCGGGAUGAUCCUCUUCCAUUGCCUCAAUCCGACUCCGGCUCGACAAUGUCCUCUUCCGCCACCCCUCACAACGCACCUGUACCCAGUUUCCCACCGAAUCAGGACGCGAACGGGUCGCCCUCGAUACCUCAGAUCAACUUUCCACACCCUCCGCCACCGCCACCCAAGGAAACUGACGCCCUGACCAGGCUGCAAAGAGGGGGUGAUCUGGAAAGACGUGCCUCCCGAAGGUUCUCGGCGUAUCAGAUACAAAAGCAUCUUGGUGCUUCCCCAAAUGGUGUACCCGUCAUACCUACCGCGCAGAACUCCCCUGUCCCCAACAGGGGGAAGGAGGUGCGCGAAUCUUUGAGCGCCGUCCGAUCCCGCAGUUCCUAUCAACAAUCUCGGUCAAAGUCUCUUCGUCAAGGAGAUAUUUCGCCGAGUAGGAGCGGCACUGUAAGGGCGCCCCGGCGGAUCACCGAGGAGAGAGAAGAAACCCCCGUACUGUCAUUACGAGAUGUACCACCCAUGCAACGAUCCGAAGAGCCGGCGAAUCUUGACAGUCCGACCGUGAAGACCCCGGAUGAGUAUUUCAGAGCGCCCAAAGUUGACCCACGUGGUGGGGAUGGGCUUGUGGGCGCGACUGUGAAUGGCCCGCUCAGUCCACCCCCGGAGGAGUUGCAGCAAACCGCCUCUCUCGAUUCAGUAUUGGCGCCAGCAACUCCGGCCGAGCAUACCACAUCCGUUGAGAUAGAACCGGUCAAGACGCCCGAGACCGCUCAGAAAAGGCCGCGAGAGGACGUGACACCACACCAAUCGCAAGUACUCGCGAGCGACUCUUCACCCCAGCAAGGCAAAGAAUUGACCUUGUUCUUGCAGUACAGGACCAAAAUCAAGAAGUUUGUGCUGGCAGACGGGUAUGAGGAGCUCACUAUCGCACGGCUGCAACUAGCCUUCAUCGAAAAAUUCGCAUGGAAUACCCAGCAUGACGGUGCCGAACUGCCGGAACUCUAUGUGCAAGAUCCGGUGUCUGGUGUCAGACAUGAGCUGGAAGACCUGUCUGAUGUCAAAGAUCGCUGCGUACUUGUGCUCAAUGUCGAAGCGCUCGACGAGGUGAAGAAGCAUAUUGACGAAGGCAUCGGCGGGCUACAGAAGACGUUGGACGGGGUGCGGUCGCUGUUGGAGGGGCAAGGGACAUUGAUGCAACGUUUCGCCGACCGGCAGCUGGAGACCUCGAAGGAGAUGGCGAGGAUGUCGGCCAUACCUGCCCAGCAUCCCGCGAGGACUCCGACCCUAGCCCAGGGCAAGUUUACGACGGCCUCGGCAGCCUCGGCGUCCACUCUGCAGGAGAUUCAGAGUCUGCGGCAGGAGAUUGCAGUGCUACGGCAGACAUACUCUACCAUGACCUCUGACUUUACUGCGGCUAUGAGCGACAUCAAAGCCAAGGCGGCCAAUGUGAAGGCUGUGGCUGCAGAGGCUGCCAACGCGUCGUACAAGGGUGAUGCGGGCCGAGCACACAUCAAUGAAGGCAAGAAGUCCUUGUCAGACGACUCGGAAGCGCUAGUCAACCGUGUGGAUGACCUCUCCGACAUUGUCGAGGAACUGCGCAAGGACGUGGUGAGUAGAGGAGUGAGGCCACUUCCGCGAGCACUCGAGGACAUCAGUAAGGAAAUCAGCGCAGCCGCCAAGCAGCUCGCCAAGGUCAAGGACUUUGUCAAGCGGGAGAAGCCGAUCUGGACCAAGAUUUGGGAGCAAGAGUUGCAAAUUGUCAUGACCGAACGAGAUGACCUGACCCAGCAAGACGAGUUGCUGAACGACCUGGACGGCGAUCUCGACGACAUCACGAGUGUCUUCAAGCUUGUGGAAGAGGCCACCAAGCAACAAAACAUUCAGACGGGUGGCAGACAGCCCUCGAGGAGUCUUGCCUUUGACACGGACGUCGACCCGCAUGAAGCAAAGAGUGGGAUGCUCGAUGAAGUUCGGGCACUGCAGCCCAACCAUGAGAGCCGACUGGAGGCCAUUGAGCGAGCCGAAAAGAUCCGUCAGAAAGAGUUGGAGAGUCGCAAAGUGGGUGAGUUCCAGCGUGAGGUCGAGACUUUCGUGGAAGAGGGCAAGCUUAGAAAGACCGGGGGAAUGGACGAAGUCGAACGCCGCCGAAAGCUGAAAGACGAGCAGGCGAGGCGGGACAAUUACGAGCGACAGCAGGCGAGGGCGGCUGAGCUAGAGAGGAAGCGCGCCGAAGAAGCGGCGGCGGCGGCCACGGAGACGAAUGACGUGUCGACAGAAGAAGGCCUCUCCGAGCAAGACCCGUCUAUGCGACCAGACGACGGCACAGAAGAAAGGGUACACCCGUCUGAAGGAGGGACAGGGACUUCUCCACAGGAUGGGACGCGCGAAGCAGCAGAGGCGGCAGCCAAGAUCGAUCUGCCUGAAAUUGAGGCGGAAGCGGAAAGGGGACUCGGCAUUCUAGACACUUCUAUGCUCACGUCGACUACUGAAGCCGGCGACCACGAAGGCGACCACGUGGCCACCGACGAGAACGAGAAACAACAAGGUGGGGCCGGAAACGACGAGCCCGAGAAGAAGGAGCAUAAGGACAAGGACAAGGACCAAGAUAACAACAGGGGGAGUGGGAAUUGGUGGCAGCCUGCCAUUUUCUCGAAUUAA